UAUAGACUAUAAUGAAACUCUUUGAUGUUUAAAACUAAAAUAAAUAAUCAUUGACCGGAGUUUCAGUGAGGGAGCCGACGAAGAACAAUGGCGAUCUCACCUUCCAUGCUUCCCGCCGUUUUGUUAUUUUAUCUCUCAAUAAUAUGCAACUCAAUGGCUGUGAUUCCUCAAUCUUCACGAACCGGCGGCGAUGCUCGCCGACAUUUGAUCGAUGAAAUUCGAGAAGCGGAGCUAAAGGUCGUUAGAUUAGAAUCUGUCCUUGUGGAAAGCAAUUCAAUAGUAGAUUCAAAAGAUCUUUAUGUCAAAGAAAGUGAGAAGUUGGUUGAGGAGAUGAGCAAUGAAGUUGAUCAUUUGCAAUCUGUUUUGUUAGCUAUGAAGAAUGAUUCAUCAAGUGCAAAUGAAAGGUUUACUCAGCUUGAAGAAGAGGUUCGACUUCUUUGGGAUACUGCAAGAAGAAACAAUUUUGAGCUUCACAACUUGGAAUCCAAAGCACAAGAUGCUGAAAAAAGGCUGAAAGUAACCAAAUCAAGGGUUGAAAAGAACAAUGGAUUCAUAUUCAACGUCUUGAACAGGCUCUUGAAAUUUCACAGAAAAAGACGUGAAUGCCCUUACAUUAUGACACAGAGGCAAAUACAGGAGGUGAAAAGGAAUGCUACCAGGUGCUAUUUUCUAAAGUUUGCCAAAAGUCAACUCGGAAGUCUUGUUGAUGACUUGGGGAGAAUGAUGGGAAGAAGUUGGUCAGCAGUAAAACAGUAUCAUCACCAGCUGCAACGGUUUGUAAAGAAUGAAAUGCAGAAGUGGAAAUACACUGCUGCUUAUGCCAAUAAAGAAGUAGUCUUUUUCUUGACUGAAUAUUUCAGGCAUCUGCUCUAAUCACGUUCCCAGCUUUGAGCUUUGGGGUGUUUCUCUUGAACAAUUUUUGCUAGCAAAUGGAUCUCUUUACAUCGAUAAAAUAGUUUAUUAUAAUUAUAGGUCUGAAAAUAGGAGGAUUUAGCUUGUAUAAUCUUUAAAUACAUGAUAAUGUAAAAGAUUUUUUUUUUUUUUUUUUUUAAUAAAUUUGUAGGUAAAAGUUGCGUUUGCUA